GACAAACGUGCCGAACUAGUUCCGAUAAGUCAUGUACUACUGUUGUACGGGCCAUUUGGCCUUGGAGAUAUCGACCUUUGCAUCCACCGGAGCACAUGCUACCCAGCUUACCUCGUUCCGUGGGCCCUUCGCUGUCAGAUUGUGCAGUGGAGCUCCGUGGAAAUCCCUCCCUCUGCAGCUUCUCUGUGCUCCUUGAACAUUAAUGGUGGACAGAUAUUGUUUAAGAAUCAUAUGUUAGCUCAAAGCCAGUAACUACAUUUACCAAUAACUUCUCACAUCGUCUAAACGCAGUUCUAAAAUCAACAAAGUCUUGUUGUACUUGGAUAACGCCAUGUCUGCUAUAAACAGUGCUGCCGUCAAGACGGUAAAACCACUCACCAAGAGCGUAGUGACCACUGCACAAGAAAUUGUUGUCGAUCCAAACAACGACUUCUACACUAGCCUAGCCCCUGCAGACAAGAUCCCGUACAAGAUCAAAGAGGAGCCUCUUCGCAAGCCCAGGAAGAUAAAGGUUAUUGCUAUUGGUGCGGGUGCCAGCGCAUUGAACUUUGGGCACGAAGUUAACAAGAGCAACCUCGACAUCGAUUACGUUUGCUACGAUAAGAAUCCCGUCAUCGGCGGGACGUGGUAUGAGAAUCGUUAUCCAGGAUGCGCCUGUGACAUCCCUUCAGUUUGCUACCAGUUCUCCUGGGCUCCUUCCCCAGAAUGGACCACAUUCUAUUCCGGAGCUCGCGAGAUCCACCAGUACUUUUUGAAGGUUGCGAAAGACUUCGACCUGCUCAAGUAUUGCCGUGUCAACCACCUAGUCACGGGAUGCUUCUGGCAGGAAGAGUCUCAGACUUGGCGUGUGCGGGUGCAAAGAGUGGACAAGCCGGAUGAAGUCUUUGAAGACGAGUGCAACGUCCUUUUGAACGCCACGGGUGUCCUGAACAAGUGGAAAUGGCCGGAGAUCGAGGGACGGGAAACAUUCAAGGGCCCCAUGAUGCACAGCGCUAACUGGGACGAGAGCGUAGACUUCAAAAAUAAGACAAUUGCUGUCAUUGGUGCAGGAUCUUCUGGAAUCCAAAUCAUUCCAGCUCUCCAGCCCAUCGUUAAGAAUCUUAAGGCUUUCAUCAGAAGUACUACUUGGAUCACGGCAGGCUUUGGACAGAGAUUUGCCGGACCGAAAGGCACCAACUUCAAAUACAACGAGGAGCAGAGGGAGAUUAUGAAGAAUAACCCGGAGCGAUACCUGAUGUACCGAAAAAACAUCGAAUCAGAACUCAACGGAAGGUUCAGGCUCAUCUUGAACGGCACAGAGGAACAGAAAGAAGCCCGAGAGUUUGCCGAAAAGGAGAUGAGGAGGAAGUCCGCUAAGAAGCCAGAGAUUGCAGAGCACCUUAUUCCCAAGAGCUACGAUAUUGGCUGUAGACGGCCGACUCCCGGAAAUGGCUUCAUUGAAGCCCUCUGCGAGGAUAACGUCGAUUUCAUCAGUGGCGAGAUCAAGAGAAUUACCGCAGACGGAAUCGUAUCUGAGGAUGGCACGGCGCACGAGGUCGACAUCAUCGUCUGUGCUACCGGAUUUGACGUCACAUGGAAGCCGCGAUAUCCCACAAUAGGCCGUGGCGGACGCAACCUAAGCGAUGAAUGGAAGGAGGCUUCGAGCACUUAUCUAUCGAUAUCUGUCCCACAUUUUCCAAACUACCUCAUCUUCAAUGGACCUUUUGGCGUCUACGGUCAUGGAAGCAUCCUCCCAGUCAUGGAGCUGCUCGGCAAGCACUUUAUGCAGAUCAUCGAGAAGAUGUCUGACGAGUGGAUCACGGCCUUUGAGCCGACUGAAGAGGCUGUGGCCGACUUUGCCGAGCAUCGCCGGGACUUCCUGCCAAGAACUGCCUGGAGCGGAUCGUGCAACUCGUGGUUCAAGCAGGGCAGUGUCAAGGGAGAGGUCAUGAUGUGGCCUGGCUCCCGAAUCCACUUUUUCGAUGCAAUGAGGACCCCGAGAUGGGAGGACUACCGCCUGACCCGAGCCAACAGGAACAGGUUCUAUUACUUUGGUAACGGAUUUACUGAGCGCGAGUUUGAUGGGCACGACCUAAGCUGGUAUCUCGGGCUGCUGAACGGUGUAGAUAAGCAGCCGCAGUAUAAGGACGAAGACAUUAAAGAGUUCCUACAUUUGUAAAAUGGCCAAUCCAGCGGAGCUAAGUAGGGAUGAGUCAUGACCGUUUAGAAGCAAUAUAUACCACUUUCUACUCAAAAUACAC